GUUAAAUCCGUACAUUAUUAACCGUGCUCACCUAACAUUGUAACGUAGGAGAAAAUAAUAAGGAGGUCGAAAUAGAAAAUUAUUUUCUGUUGGAAACGAAUCGGUCGAGGAUGUCUUCUUUCCGAUAUCUUUCGAGCAAAAAUGCUGCUCUGGUUCUCAAAGGAUUAGAAUCUCUGCUCGAUCUGGAAGAGCUUUGUGAUGUAAUCCUUCGAACAGAAGAUGGUUUCUCGAUAUCGGCGCACCGCAAUGUUCUAUCCGUUGGCAGUCCAUACUUCAGGGCCAUGUUCUUGGGACAAUUAAAAGAGAGCAGAAAAGAAGAUAUUACUUUAAAAGGGGUCACUGGCGAAGCUCUUCGAUGCAUCAUUCGAUUUGUGUACACCUCUACAAUAAACGUGAAUGACGCUAAUGUUGAUGACAUUCUUAGUGCUUCGGACCUUUUCCAAAUGAAAGAGAUUACUAAUGUUUGUUGCCAGUUUCUUAAAGAGCAACUGCAGCCGUCAAAUUGCCUGGGAAUAGCAGCUGUUGCUGGUGGCUUUUCCUGCGAAGAGCUCUGGAGCGAAGCGCGCAAGUAUGCGGUAAAACACUUUAAUGAGGUGAUAAAAUGUGAUGAGUUUAAGGAUCUGUCGUUAGACGCAGUCAAGGAACUGCUAUCAGACGAAAAUGUGUGCAUUCGAUCAGAGGAAGAUGUUUAUAACGCAGCUGUUGAAUGGUUGUCGUGCUCUAGCGAUCGCUUGAAGCACUCGUCAGAAAUAUUAUGUUGUGUGCGGCUACCUGUUUUGUCUCCUGCAUUUCUCAGUUCUCAGGUGAUGAGUAAUGAGUGGGUUAUAAAUGAUCCUGAGUGCAAGCAGAUGCUGGAUGAAGCCCUCUCCUAUGCUUCCUCCCCUACUUCUGAAAAACGUAAGCACUCUUCAGCAGUGAGAAUGAGGCCACGAGUCCACUCAGGGUUUGCUGAUGUCAUGGUUGCCAUCGGCGGUCUACACCUUGGUAGCCCAGUGGCAUCAGGGGAAAGAUAUAAUAUGUACACUGAUGAGUGGUUUCCUAUUGAAGACAUGCCUACCCUACGGUAUGGUGUAGCUGUUACUCAGCUUCAUGGACAGAUAUAUUGUCUCGGAGGAUUUGAAAGUGGAAGGUACUUGAACACAGUUGAAGCUUACAACCCUGAAGAAAAUUCGUGGACAAUACACCCAUCAAUGCUUGUGUCCAGAAAAUACUUUGGUGCAACUUCCCUUAGUGGUAAAAUUUAUGUAUUUGGAGGCUCUAACAGCCAUCGUCGACUCAAAAGUGUGGAAUGCUUUGAUCCGUACGAGAAUCGAUGGACAUUUGUCUCACCCAUGCUGUGUCCAAGAAUGUACAUAGCAGUUGCAACACUGGGGGGAUUGGUGUAUGCGGUGGGAGGCCAUGAUGGCUUAUCGCGCCUUAGUAGUGUGGAAUGCUAUGACCCUCAGAGUGAUGAAUGGAGCUAUGUAGCUCCCUUAGGUAAGCCAAGAUCUGUAGCAGGUGUAGUAGCCCUAGGUGGCCUCCUGUAUGUUAUUGGUGGGUUUGAUGGGAACAAUUAUCUUCGUAAUGUUGAUAUCUAUGAUCCUGAGACAAAUUCUUGGACUCCAGCAUGUCCACUUAAUGAACAGCGCUCUGCUACUAGUGUUGCUGUAAUGAAAGGAAGGAUUUUUGCCAUUGGAGGCUUUAAUGGUCAGUUCUUGUCAAGUGUUGAGGUCUAUGACCCUGAAAUUAACCAGUGGAGUUAUGUAAACAACAUGUCAAUUCCAAGAGUACAUUUUGGUGCCACUGUUGUGUAGUAAUUUGUUUUUGUAUAAGAUAUUUUAAAAUUCAGUUUUGGAGAAAUUUUCAGGUCACUGGGAGAAGUUGUAUUUAAGCAGAUGGAAACAUUCUAAGUCUUUCACUCCCAAGAUGCCAUUAGGGAUUCUCCUUACUGUUUCCUGUACAGUUCUUAUAGUAUUAGGUUGAAGAAUUUGGCAUUGAAUCAACUGUUCAUCCCCUAAUUGAUAUUUUUCUUUAUUCUCGUCAUUUGUCUGAUUGAUUUUGUAUUGAUAUACACCAAAUGCAAA